GGCGCAUUCUCCUAUACCGCGCGUACUAGCUCGUGUAUCCCGCACAUGUAUUCCGCGAGUGUAUCGUUGUGAAUUCUCUAGUGAUCUCUGGAUGUUUUGCGUGCAUCAUGGGUGGACGACUAGUGUUGUUGUUAGUGCUGUGCACGGGACUCGUGACUGCUGAGAGGAAACUUACCGUAGUCGAGAAAAUCAGAGGAGACGGGGACCUCUCGCAGUUUCUAUCGCUGUUGGAACGCAAUGUGGUUGCGAACACUACCCUACAUUACCGCCAGAUGACUCUGUUCGCUCCGACCAAUGAGGCAUUCCAGAGGUUCAACGGAGAAUUGGACGACUCUCUCGUACUUUAUCAUAUAGCAAAUCUGGCGACGACUUUAUCGAAUAUGGACUAUGCGAUAUCGACGGAUCUGGAUGGAAACCCUCCAUUGUGGGUGACGACGCGGCGGGGUGCGAUGCAUGACGACAUUUACGUGAACAAUGCCAAGGUCUAUGUCAGCCGCUCCUAUCAGGCUGUGAACAGGAACAAUAAGUUACAAGUACUCCACGUGAUUGACCAAGUGCUACUGCCGCUGCAACCUCAUGGAUCCAGUUCCAUCAGUUCUCCAGUCUACAAUCCUAAUGCCUAUCACUUCUUGGAACACUCCGACCUCUUUAACAUCGGGCAGCAUCGGCUCAGGUCCUUCAGGCAAAAAGUGAACCAGCUAAAAAAGAGCAAAGUAUUUGAUUCCGAUGGGAGACACACGUUCUUUAUCCCCGUCGAUGAGGGAUUUAAGCCGACAACUAGAUCCGAUUUGAUAGACGAGAAGGUUAUAGAUGGUCAUGUAAUUCCUCAUCAUGUGUUGUUCACACACGCCACACCAGAUACUAAGGAAUUUGAAACGUUGGCCUUCGGAGACAAUGUUAAAGUCGUCAUAUCAUUCAGCACUGUCAUGAAUGGGAAGGAUGAAAUUACUUACGUAAAAUCAAACACUGUGGCUGGAGACGCGAAGCAUGCUCGAGGCGUUGUUCUAGCAGAUAUCGUCAGGGCGAACAUUCCUGUCAAGAAUGGAGUUGUCCAUCUCAUUCAGAGACCUCUAAUGGUGGUCGAUACCACAGUCAUCGACUUCCUCAAGGAAAAAGAAGAUGGACCCCUUUGUAAAUUCUAUGAAGUAAUCAUGGACCUCGGGGCAAACAACCAGUUCUUCAACGAGCUCACUUUGGCGAAAGACAUCACUCUAUUUGCGCCCUCAAAUGAAGCGUGGGCCGAUUUCAGCGUGCAAAAUAUCAUUAGGAACCAUCAAAAGCUGAGAGAUAUUCUAAACCUACAUUUGGUCCGCGAGAGGCUCCCGUUGGACGCAAUUAUUCACAACAACAUGAAUCAGAUUUACCAAGCACCGACGGCUCUUCCUCGCAAGUAUCUGUACUUCAAUGUUCUGACGCGUGGUCAAAAUCAGACCCUAACCGUUGAAGGUGGUGGAGUGAACGCUACUGUAACACUUCCCAACAUUGCAGCAACGAAUGGCUUCGUACAUAUCAUUGACAGAGUGCUAGGAGUCCCAUAUACCACAGUCUUUGAGAAAUUGAAAACGGAUCCGAUGCUGAACAUUACUUACAACUUGGGCAAGCGGCAGAUGUUCAACCAGCAGCUAAACGAUAUGGAACAUCGUUACACGUACUUCGUUCCACGCGACCACGCCUGGUUGAAGUUCCAAAUCAAGCACCCUUCAGCUUUCAAAUCUCUGUUUAGGGAAGACUUCGGUUAUUUCACGAAACAAAUUUUAGAGCGACAUGUUAUCCGAGCCGGGCGCGCGUACACUGUAUCUGAUUUAAAACUUCUCGCGAACGAAACACAUCCCUUCGUUCUGCCGACUUCACGCGAUCCACUCCGGCUGCGUGUCAAGGAAUCUGAUAAGAACUACUACGUUGAGUGGAACGGCCACUGGAUCCACGUGUUCAGGCCUGACGUCGAGUGCACCAAUGGCAUCAUCCAUGUUAUCGACGAGCCCUUCGUGUUGGAGAGUGACAUUCGGGCUACCGGUGCUGCCCAUAAAGUCGACGUCGCCUAUUCCUACUUCGUACUCUUCCUCUCUUUCUGUUUUGUAAGAAUUUUUGAAAAUUAAACGUCCUUUGUUGAGUCAGUAAUGAGCUCGUAUAAUUUAUUGGCCAAUGUGGUUUUGAAAUCUGUUUCCGAAUUGUAAUUUGAUAAUGCUCGUUGUUGCAUUGAGAGCAAUGGUUUGAUUUUCAGGUGUAUUCCAUAUUGCGUUACCGUAGUUUUGUGUAGUUUAAGAAUAAUAUGGACGAUUUGCACUGAUUCGUUGGAACAUAAAUAUAAAUACUUAUUAUAAGAUGUUAUUGAAAUAACUCGAAGAUAUUCACUGCCAUCAUUAUUAGAAUUUUUUAAAUAUCAAGUUUUGA